AUGGACGGGUGGUGGGGUGAUGAUAGCAAUAAUAAUGAUACCAUUGGCGGGACUUUGCGGGCAGAUGACACUAGAAGAAAGGUGGUGAAGAUACGGCCAGGGUUCGCUGCACCAGAAGCUCGACAGCGGUACAGUGUGCGAGAGUUGAUGGAAAGAAAGCAACGGCAGAAGGAGGGCAAUCUUCAAAGAGUUAGUGACAGGAAGGUACCUUUAGAUUCUAAUUAUUCACAGAGAUCAACAAAAAAUACCCUGGUACUGGGCCAUGGAGGUCUGGAAGUUGAUGAAGAUUUAUCCCAGACGCUAGCGGGAAUUGAUAUCAAUAAUGUGAGAGGUACCAAGGUCGAGAGAUCACAAAAAGCUUCUUUGCCUUCUUCUUCAAAAGCCGAAGAUAGAAAACGGAGCCUAAUAAUCCAUGAAAGGGAUCCAAAGAGCAAACAGUUUUCAGAAGAUACAAAGAAAACAAACGAUGAGAAUAAGAAAAGCACCAAGCAUUACAAGCAAAGGAAAAAGAAAAUGACCCUUGAGGAAUUGGAGAAACAAUAUAAUAAGACAGAGAAGUAG